AUGGCGAUAUAUAUAUUAGAGAGAUGGCGAUACUGUUUUAACUUAUACACACACAUUCUAGAUAGCUAUAUCUAUAUCUAUAUUGAUAUCCAUAUAGAUAUAUAUAAUCGAGUUAUGCAACACAAUAUGGAUUCGUUCUCCAAAGCAGAUCUGGAAAAGAUCGUUACUCGUGAGGACUAUAAUCAGGCAUCACCAACUCUUUCAAGAGAAUCUUCAACUACAACACAGCCACGUCAAAGAUUAGUUCAUAGAUUUAUCGAUUCCUUUAAACCCCCACUAGAUAAUGACCCGAAUAAUACUGAAAGUAUCGAUGAAGAUGAACUAGAGCCUCGUCAAAAAUUGAAAAAGACAAUGAAAUCUCGUCAUGUCGUUAUGAUGACCCUAGGGACAGGUAUUGGUACAGGUCUAUUGAUCGCUAACGCCAAGGGUCUUUAUUUCGGUGGUCCAGCGUCUCUAGUUAUAGGUUAUGGUCUUGUCUCCUUUGUUACAUACAUUGUUAUUCAAGCCGCAGGUGAAAUGGCUGUCGCUUACCCGACUUUACCAGGUAAUUUCAACACUUAUAUGUCAACUUUUAUAUCGAGACCUUAUGGUUUUGCAACAGUUUGGUUAUAUUCCGUUCAAUGGUUAACCGUUUUACCAUUAGAAUUGAUUUCUGCAACAAUUACUAUUAAAUAUUGGACCACGAGUGUUGAUCCAGAUGUAUUUGUUGUAAUCAUUUAUGUCGUUUUAAUUUUUAUUCAUUUAUUUGGUGUGGAAGCUUAUGGUGAAACCGAAUUCCUGUUCAAUGCUUGUAAGAUUCUUAUGAUUGCAGGGUUUAUCAUUUUAUCUAUUGUAAUCAAUUGUGGUGGUGCUGGGAAUGAUGGUUAUAUUGGAGGUAAGUAUUGGCAUGAUCCGGGUGCUUUCGCUAGUGAUUCAGGCGCUCAACGUUUAAAAUCGAUUUGUUACACUCUAGUCACAGGUUAUUUCUCAUAUGGUGGUACUGAGUUGUUUGUUUUAUCUGUAGCAGAACAAGAAAAUCCAAGAAAAUCAACACCAAUCGCAGCUAAACAAUCAAUUUAUCGUAUUUUAGUAAUUUAUCUAUUGACAAUGAUUUUAAUCGGUUUCAACGUUCCUCGUGAUUCUUCAGAAUUAAUGGGUUCUUCAAAUUCUCAAACUCAUGCUUCUCCAUACGUGUUAGCUGCAUCCAUUCAUGGUGUUAGAGUCGUACCACAUUUCAUUAAUGCAGUCAUCUUAAUUUCAAUGAUCUCUGUGGCAAACUCUUCAUUAUAUGCAGGUCCUAGACUGUUAGCAUCUUUAGCAGAACAAGGUUACGGUCCAAGUUUUAUGAAAUAUAUCGACAGAAAUGGUAGACCACUAUAUGCAUUAUUAAUUUCUAUCCUAUUUGGUGUCAUUGGAUUUGCUUCUUCUUCAACAAAGGAAGAACAAGUCUUCACUUGGUUAGCCGCAAUUUCAGGUUUAUCAGAAUUAUUCACUUGGGGUGGGAUUAUGUUAUCUCAUUGGAGAUUUAGAUUAGCCAUGCAUGCCCAAGGUAAAGAUCUUGGAGAAUUAGGUUAUAAAGCUAACACAGGUGUUUUUGGCUCAAUGUAUGGUGUAUUUUUCACAUUCUUAGUCUUCAUUGCACAAUUUUGGGUUGCUUUAUCACCACCAGGUUCCGAAGGGAAAGUAUCGGCUGAAACUUUCUUUGAAAGUUAUUUAGCUUUCCCAAUUUGGGUGUGUUCCUAUUUUGGAUACAUGGCAUACAAUAAAGACUAUACUCUUUUAAAUCCUUUAAAAGAAAUUGAUUUGGAUUCCUACAGAAGAGUCUAUGAUCCGGAAUUGUUAAAGAAGGAAGAUGAAACACAAAGACAACAAUUUAAAGAAGGUUCCUUCUGGUACAAGAUGAAAGCCAUCUGGUGUUAA